UGGGGUCCAAUACUUACAAAGACGCCGAAUCCAAGUAAGAUUCUUCUAGCUUUUUAAUUCUAAAUUACUAAAACUUGAAACGACCAACGAAAUCAUGUGUUAUUUACCCCUCUUGAAUUUGACCACCUGUAGCUUCUCUCUCUUCUUUUUAAUUCAAAUCAACACUUGCUCUUCUUCUUCUCCAUCAACAUGGUUUUUCUUUAUGCAUGUGAGAAUAGAGCACCAGAAACACUCGGUUGGUUUAGAUAGAAAAAGAAGUCGUCCAAACAAAGAUACAGAGAUGAAGAUGAUGAACAGAAGAAGAAUGUUUACAAGGAAUAAGAGAAUAGCCAAAGAGAAAGACUAUGAUAUUGAUUUGCUUUUGAGCAUCGACCAUGCAGAGGGCUUAGACAACCCUAGCACCUAUCCUUCAGUAACCACCAGGGAUUACCGUGUUGUAUUUUGGGUUCACCCAGAUUAUCAACUUGCAACAUCUUGCGAUGUAGGCUCUCCAGAUCCUGUAUGGAACCAGAAGUGUCGUUUGAAGUUAGACAAGUCCAGGGAUUGCAGCUUUUUGUAUGUUGAGGUGCUUAGGUAUGGAUCCUCCUCUGAGAGUAACCCAGGAACCUCUAAUGGCAUAAGCUUGGUGGGAAGGGCUCAGAUACCUCUACCGAAUUUGUCAAGUAAAACUGAUGGCCGCUAUGGCCUUGUGAGGCCUAAAGAUGAUGGAUAUAAGGCUGAGGGACACAUUAAUCUGUCAAUGAAAUUGGUGGUAAAUGGUGAGCAGGAAGCAAUAUGCGUGGAUCAAAGUUCUGGAUUCGAUGGAUCCCUUUGUCUUCUUUACUGUGCUGCUGGAAUUUUUGCAGCAAUCUUCGUCUCUAUCAGAGAUUGUGCAGACGAUGUAAUGGCCCUCCUCUUUACCAAAAAUAAGAUUGCUCCUUCACCGUCACCCCCUACAACAGUACUCCAAGAUGACCCACCCCGACCUGAUCACGAUCAUCUUCCCGUUUAG